CUGUAUUUUUUGAAAUGAUUCUACCAUAUUUUUUCUCCUCAAGUGAAAAUACUUAAUAAAAUGAUUUAAAGACUUGUUAAGUAUAUAGUUUUACAUCGAGUUAUUAUUAGUUUUGAUUUAUUUUGAUGUUUCAUUAUUACAUUACAAACGAUAAUGUGUGUAAAAAAAUAGUAGGUUAAAAUAAUAGUAACAGAAUAACAAAGGGAAUCUACGCACACCAUGAUAAUGAAAAAUAGAAUAUUGUAAUUAAAAUUGCUGCUAUUGAAAAAGUGAGAUAUAAUAGUUCAUUACAUACAACUUAUUAAACAUAAAAGAUUCGAUUUAAUCGACGUGUUAGUCAGACAUUGUAUAGUCAAGUAUUCCUAUCCGUUCAAUUUUGGUUAACCGAAUCAUAGAUUUAAUCAAAUUAGCAAUGGACAGUAGUAAAAAGUAUAAUAAUCCAAAUCCAAGAUUAGUAGCUAAUCCUUUUAGUAAAUUAUUCUUUUGGUGGUUGAAACCAUUAUUUCAGUAUGGAAGAACUCAUGAUUUAGAUGUUAAAGAUCUUCAUAAUGUCUUACCUGAGGAUCUUAGUGAAAGUCUUGGUGAUGUUCUUGAAAGGAAUUGGAGUAAAGAAAAAGAUGCUGCAAAAGAAGAAAAAAGAGUUCCUAAAUUAAGAAGUGCAUUACAAAACACUUAUUGGUAUUCUAAUAUUUAUCUUGGAUUUUGGACAUUGUUAUGCGUUUUUUUUCGAAUACUUCAACCAUAUAUUUUAGGCCGCCUUAUAUGGCAUUUUGAUUCCCGGUCUAACAGCACAAUUGUUGAAGCAUAUAUCUAUGCCACUGGUGUUGUGUUAAUUUUAUGGUUAAAUGGAUUUCUUGAACACCAUACUAGUUCAAAACAAAUGGAAUUUGGUAUGAGAGUACGAGUUGCUUGUUCUUCAUUAGUUUAUAGAAAGAUACUUAAAUUAUCAGUAUCAGCAGCAAAUAAAGCAGCAUCUGGACAAGUACUUAAUCUUUUAUCAAACGAUGUUUCGAGAUUUGAUAAUUUAUUUCUCUUCAUCCACUAUUUAUGGAUAAUGCCAUUUCAAGGAAUAGUAACAGCAUAUUUGAUUUGGCAAAAUGUGGGUUUGGCUACUUUAGCAGGAAUAUUUGUUAUGAUAAUUCAAACAAUACCUCUUCAAUUAUGCUUAAGUAAAUGGAUUUAUAAAUUUCGUGGAAAAGUAGCCGUUCGCACUGAUGAGCGAGUACGAUUAAUGGCUGAGAUAGUUGGUGGAAUUAAAGUUAUUAAAAUGUACACCUGGGAAAAGCCAUUUCAGCAUCUUGUUGCAUUAGCAAGAGAAUAUGAAAUUGAUAUACUUACAAUCGUAUCGUACUUAAGAGGUUUUAGUUAUGCUACAUAUGUUUUUUCUGAACGUGUGGGUACUUUUUUUACAAUAAUGAUAUUUGUACUUAAUGGAAAUAAUGUAUCAGCUGAUGUGGUAUUUUCAGUAGCUCAACAUAUGCAUAAACUUCAGCUUACAAUGGCUAUUUUUUGUCCAUUAGCAAUAGCGUCUAUUGCCGAAUGUUUAGUAACCAUAAAUAGACUCGAAGAUUUUUUAUUGCUCGAGGAAAAUCGACCAUUAACGAUUUCUGCAUCAGCUACCAACAAUAAAACAAUUAUUCAAAUAAAAGAAAUGAGUGCAUCUUGGGUUGAAAAACUUAUUGCAAAUACGUUACAUGAUAUAAACAUAACAAUAGAGUCAAGGCAACUCUGUGCCUUUGUGGGACCAAUAGGUGCAGGAAAAAGUUCACUAUUAUUAUUAAUUUUAGGUGAGCUUAACGCUAAUCGUGGUCAUGUUAUUGUUAGAGGAGAAGUAUCAUAUGCAAGUCAGGAACCUUGGAUAUUUGCGGGUUCAGUAAAAAAUAAUAUUAUUUUUGGUCAACCUUAUGAUGAUAAAAAGUACCAAAAAGUGAUUAAAGCGUGCUCUUUAAUAAAAGAUUUUAAUCAACUACCUCAAGGUGAUAAAACAUUAGUAGGAGAAAAUGGAGCAGGAUUAAGUGGUGGACAAAAAGCAAGAAUAAAUUUAGCUAGAGCUGUAUACAGAGAUGCUGAUAUUUAUUUAUUAGAUGAUCCACUUUCAGCAGUUGAUACCCAUGUAGGACGAAGAAUAUUUGAUGAUUGUAUCAAGGAAUUACUUAAAGAUAAAACAAGAAUUUUAGUUACUCAUCAAAUUCAAUACCUGAAAGAAGUUGAUUUUAUCGUUAUGUUAAAUAAUGGGGUGAUUCAAAAGCAAGGAAUUUACAAAGAUUUUGAUAAAGAACAUUUUGAAAUUUUACAUUCAAAUAGUACUGAUGAGACAAAUGAAAUGAAUGAUGAUGGAGACAGAGAAUCAACUCCAUCAGCAGAAGUUGUUUCUUCUCUUGACACUUUUUAUAAGUCAGAAGAAGAUAAUGAAAAUGAGCCAGAAGAAACAAAAGAAUUGAUGGCUUCUGGAGGUGUGAAAAAAAGUUUAUACUGGAAAUAUUUCCGAGCUGGAAGUUCUAUUUGGAUACUAUUGCUUUUUCUGUUUUUUGCAAUUCUCGGACAAAUUGGCAGUAGUGGUUCUGAUUAUUGGGUUUCUUAUUGGACUACACAAGAGGAAAUAAAAUUUAGGAAUACAUUGAAUAAAAAUAUCAACAUUUCUUAUGAUAAUUAUACAACGUAUGAAAAUUCAACAGAUUUAGAAUUAUUUAACAAUAGUUCGAUACUUAAUGAUGAUGAUGAUAUUAUAACUGAAAAAUUGAUUCAAAACUCAACAAAUUUUACUCAUUCAAAUGACAAUGAAACUAAGACUGUAAAUUUUAAUUAUAUUGAUGAAAAUUUUGCACUAUGGAUUUAUGGAACAUUGAUACUACUGAGUGUUAUUAUGACAACUGCAAGAAACAUGACAUUUUUAAAAAUUUGUAUGAAUGCAAGUAAAAGUUUACACAAUACAAUGUUCGCUUGUAUAUUAAAAGCACCAAUGAGAUUUUUUCAUACAAAUUCAUCUGGAAGAAUACUGAAUAGAUUUUCGAAAGAUGUUGGAUGUGUCGAUGAAUUAUUGCCCAAAUCUAUGAUCGAAGCUAUUCAAAUUUAUGCAGUUAUGAUUGGAAUUUUUAUACAAAUUAUCAUUGUCAACUGGUGGUCUAUAUUUUUAUUAAUAAUAAUGGGUUAUUUUUAUUGGAAAAUAAAAAAUGUUUAUUUAUCAACUGCACAAGAUGUGAAAAGAUUGGAGGGAGUUACUAAAAGCCCAGUAUUUUCUCAUGUAAACUCAUCAUUAUCAGGAUUAACAACAAUAAGAUCUUCAAAGAGUCAAGAACUUGUUAGAAAAGAAUUUGAUAGUUUUCAAAAUGUUCAUUCAAGUGCAUGUUCAACUGUUAUUUUUACAAGUGCAUGGUUUGGAUUAUGGUUAGAUGUUGUCACAAUAUUAUUUGUUACACUUAUAACAUACUGUUUUAUAAUUUUUCAUAGUGAAUAUACAUACGCUGGUUCAGUUGGGCUUGCGUUAUCGCAAAUUUUUGUUCUUUGUGGAAUGUUACAGUAUGGAAUACGUACAACUGCUGAAGCCAUGACACAAAUGACUAGCGUAGAAAGAAUACUCGAGUUUACGAAAUUAGAAGAAGAAGGACCAUUUGAAAGUGAACCAAAUAAAAAACCACUAUCAACUUGGCCUGACAAAGGCAAGAUUUUAUUUCAAAACUUGUACUUAAGAUAUUCUAAGGAUGAUGAGCCUAUACUUAAAGACUUAAAUAUUACAAUAGAAGCAGAGAUGAAAGUAGGAAUUGUUGGACGUACUGGUGCUGGAAAAUCGUCACUUGUUAAUGCUCUCUUUAAUUUAUGUCAACUUGAAGGUGAUAUUUUUAUUGAUGGAAUAAAUACAAAAACAAUUGGUCUUCAUGAUUUAAGAAAUAAAUUAUCUAUAAUUCCUCAAGAGCCUAUUCUAUUUUCUGCAACAUUACGUGAUAAUCUUGAUCCAUUUCAUGAAUAUCAAGAUAAUCUUUUAUGGAAUGCAUUAGAAGAAGUAGAACUUAAAACGGCAGUUUCAUCAUUAGAUCAUUUCGUGACUCAAGGAGGAAGUAAUUUUAGUGCUGGUCAAAGACAGUUGCUUUGCUUAGCAAGAGCCAUUAUUAGAAAUAACAAAAUUCUUAUUCUUGAUGAAGCUACUGCCAAUGUUGAUCAAAAUACUGAUGCUCUUAUUCAAACAACUAUAAGAUCCAAAUUUAAAAAUUGCACUGUUCUGACUAUAGCUCAUCGUUUAAAUACAAUUAUGGAUAGUGAUAAAGUUCUAGUAUUGGAAAAUGGACGAGUUCUUGAAUUUGAUCAUCCGCACAUUUUACUUCAAAACCCAGCUGGGGUUUUUACUAAAAUGCUGAACGAGACUGGAUCAUCAAUGAUUAAUAAAUUAAAAAAAAUAUCUGAAAAUAGUUAUAAUACAUUGAAAACAUUAAAUGCUAAUAAUUCAGCUGAAACAAUGCCAAAGUUAAAUACAGAAUAAAAUUGCCAAAUACUUUUUUAUAAUGCCAUUAUAUUGA